AAAACCUCUUCUCAGUCAUCUUGGCACCGCCGCGUUCGUGAGAGAAAUCCUCUUCUCAGUCAUCUUUGCCCCGCCGCGUUCGUGAGAGAAAUCCUCUUCUCAGUUAUCUUUGCCCCGCCGCGUUCGUGAGAGGAUUCCUCUUCUUAGUCACCUUUGCCCCAACGCUGUAGAGCAUAUGCACGUGUCAGCCUGGUCGACUUGGAAUAUCGCGCCCCGCACUUUGUCGCACUUUCCGCAACUCCUCUUGGCUGACGAUAUUGCUUUCUCUUCUUGCUCAGCACAUCCGUCUCGGUCCCAUCACGUUUUCUGUUCCAUUGAGCGCUUUGCGUUCUACUUGGACACUGUUCUUGUUAUGCUACCAUCAUGGCGUCGCUCCUUCCUUUGCAGCAUAUUGACAGACCAGUCGCUUCCAAAAGAGUAACCCGCGACAGAGGCCAGUUGAGCAUGAUACGCUGCGAUCAGUGCCGAGAGGACAAGCAAAAGUGUUUACCACUCCGGAGAACAUGGCCAACGAAGUGCAACCGCUGCGAGAAGAGAGGCCUGCCCUGUUCGGAGGGUAGGAGAGCACCGAGAAGGCGGAAGGGAGAAAGCGCAAAUGCGGCUCCGCUACCAGAUCCUAGUAGCACCGCGGGGAUUCCGGUCGAUCCUCCAAAUAUUGGCACGCUCGAUUCGCCUUUACCGGAUGGAAACGCCUCGGCAGACAGCACUCCGACAGACCGCCCAAUUUCAGGGGCUUGCGCUCACUGUAGGAUACAAAAUAUCACUUGUCCUGGCGACACUGGCGACGGCUCUGGAUGUACGAAUUGUAAGCAAGCUGUCAGGCAGUGCCUGUUUGCACCGGCCGGAUCGACUGAAGCGCCGAUGGCACUCGAUAGUGUCCCAGCCCAGGUCGCAGCAGAUCCUCUGGGCAUCGAGAUUCGCCACAUGUCAUUCUUGAUGUUAUAUCGCAGAAACCUAAGGGUGGCAUUGGACCGCUUAAGAGGCCUGGAACAGGAAUUGGAAGAGCUCCUUCCUAUAUAUGGUAAAGAAGGUCUCGGCUUUUAUGGAGACUCGAAAACCAUAGAUCAGUUCCAGCAACGCAGCGACUCAGUUAAUCCACUACACAGCGGAAGGAGAUGA